AAAGCCUUGCAGGCUCAGGCUUUUAGCCAUUUCUGUCUCUGUCUUCCUCAUCGUCUUCUUCUUUUUAUUUCUCUCCCAGAUAUAUGGAAUUCCGGAAAUGAAGGAAUCAAAUGCUUUCUGCAAUUUCUCUAUCCAACUUCUCUUUUUUGGCCUUUGUUUAUUCGUGGCCGGUUGUUCCUGUCUCAAGUUGGGGGAGACCUGUUCGUCAAAUAAUGAAUGCGAAGCCGGAUUGCGAUGCGAAGCUUGCCCUGCAAAUGGAAAUACCCGAGCCAGAUGCAUCCGGACUCGGCCUUUGAGCCCAACAUCAAAAGUAAAAGGUCUGGCAUUCAAUAAAUAUUCAUGGCUAACAACCCACAACUCUUUUGCGCUCAUCAACUCAAAAUCGCAAACGGGUACAAUUCUGCUAUCUCCUUCAAAUCAAGAAGACACUGUUACCAGUCAACUCAAUAAUGGAGUUCGAGGAAUUAUGCUAGAUGUGUAUGACUUCAAUAAUGACAUCUGGUUAUGUCACUCUUUUGGUGGCAAUUGUUUCAACUACACAGCAUACCAACCUGCCAUCAACGUGCUAAAGGAGAUUGAGGCCUUUCUGGCUGCGAACCCAUCAGAGAUCGUCACUAUUUUCAUUGAGGAUUAUGUGCUAUACCCACAAGGCUUGACCAAGAUUUUUGAUGCAUCUGGUCUCAAGAAAUACUGGUUUCCUGUAUCAAAGAUGCCUAAGGAUGGAGAAGAUUGGCCAACGUUAGAUGAUAUGGUCCAGAAUAAUCAGCGCUUGGUGGUCUUCACAUCUAAAGCAGAUAAGGAGAUCUCUGAGGGCAUUGCUUAUACUUGGAAAUAUGUGGUAGAAAAUCAAUAUGGGGAUAGUGGAAUGAAAGCUGGUUCAUGUCCAAAUAGGGUUGAAUCGCUUCCAAUGAGCUCAAAAAGAGUAUCACUGGUUGUUCUAAACUAUUUUCCAGCUAUUCCCAAUGUAACAGAAUCUUGCUUCGAAAAUUCAGCUCCAUUAAUUGGCAUGACUAAAAGUUGCUACGAAGCAGCUGGACAGCGGUGGCCAAACUUCAUUUCUGUUGAUUUUUAUCAGAGGAGUGAUGGUGGGGGUGCCCUACAAGCUUUGGAUGAAGUGAAUGGUCAACUUACUUGUGGAUGUGCCAAUAUUGCCUACUGCAGGGAAAAUGCCCCGCGUGGUACAUGUGACGUUCCGCAAAUUGCACCCCCUCCACCUGCUGCUGAUGCUAAUGCACACCCACAACCUUCCUCCCAUAAUGCUUCUGACACCAACAUUCCCUAUUUGCACGUCAACCAAUCCCAGGUACAAUGGAUAGUCGGUACAAUUAUGUCCAUUGCACCACCUCCUGGUGCUGCACAACACUCCCCUCCUCCUUCCAGUAACAUUGCUUAUUUUGAUGCUAAACCAAUCCAGCUACAAUGGUUGCUGGGAACAAUUUUGAUAGUAAUGCCAUUAUUUUGGCUGUAAUUAUUAUGCUCAUGAGCCUCUUUACCCUUUAUUCUGUCCCAAACCAUAAUAUUUUGUACAGAUUAUUUGUUGUCUUCACUUUGAGGAGGGUUGUUGUCCAUAAGAGAAUUAUUUAUGUUAGAUUACACUUUGAUUUGUGGUCACCAUUGCUUGUACAUUUGACACUGUAUAAGAAAAUAUAUAAAGAUGACUUUACACAUUA